AUGGAUAUCAAAUCUAGUAUCCAAGGUAGAACUAUUCAAUUUUCACAGACCACAGGGAAUCAAUUUGUCUACGGACAUGACUUUGUUAAGGUUUUGGAAGAAAGUUAUGUUGAUCCCCAGAGGAUUGUUUCUAUGGGUUCUGGACGAUCCAACAGAAUAUUCCAAGUUACUGUAAAUGAUGAAAAAGUAUCAGAACGUUUUAUAGAUAGUCAUCAUACUGUGUCAAUUGGGAAAAAUGUUUAUUCUGUUUCUGCUUGCAACAAAUCGCGAUUGAUUGUUAGGUUGUUCUGGCUUCCUGAAUAUAUAUCGGAUAUUGAUAUAUCUUCAUUUUUCAAAUCCUUUGGGUUGAGUGUCGCCUCUAUACAGAGAGAGUUCCAUCUAGCGGACGGGUUAAAGCAUAUAAGAACGUUAACUCGUCGUGUUUUGGUAGAAGGUCGCUCUUCGUCUUUUGACACUUUACCACAUACAUCAUCAAUAUGUGGGAAAGAAACAUUAUUAAUUUUGCAAGGAAGGCCACCAGUUUGUCUUAAAUGUUAUAAGGCGGGACACUUCAGGAAGGAAUGUCCGUUAAGUAAACAACCUUCUUAUGCCAAUGCUCUUUUUUCGUCUGGUGCUGGUGCUAGUGCUGGUGUUGGUGCUCGUAAAGGUGCUUUUAGUAGUGUUGAUUCGAUUAAAGGAAGACCAGGUUUCGUACAAGCCUCAACUAUUGUGUCUAAGCCUUCUAGACUGCCUCGUCCUGCUGUUUCUCCUCCUCCUCUCCCUACUCACGUCACGUUGUAUGAGGAUAGACUGGAUGGUGAUGGGUUUUAUACACCCAAGAAUAAUGCCAAAAAGCUGACUUCAUCAGAGUCAAAUUUAGUGUCUGUUAAUGUUGCGAACUCUUCUCAUGAGGAAAUUGUUUCCACAAAGAAAUUUGCAUUUCAACCUCUUACACCCCCAAAUAGAAAAGAUACAAAUCUUCAAUCCACAAAAUUUGCUUGUGCGGCAGCUGGGGCUAAUAGUGUUCGUCUGAAAUCUGUGUUCGUCCGCGUCCAAAUCUUCUGUAGGACGUGGCACUGA